AUGGUCGGUGUGCCUCGCAGCAAUGGCUGCUCACUUUGUGUUAAACGCCGAGUCAAGUGUGAUCAAAGACUUCCUGGUUGUGUCAAAUGUGAAAAAUAUGGGCAGACUUGCCCUGGAUAUGAUCGGGGCUUCAAGUUUGUCACCGGAAAGCCAUACCGUGAUCGACGUCAACCCAAUUCACUUGGUAGAAAAAUCGGUAGAACAGCCCAGAGUGCAACCUCCAGCCCAGAAAUAGAGCUUGAGCCUGCCAGUCAGGCACGAGCUCGGAACGAAGGGCUGCGAAUUAUCAUUUCGACAGAUUUGAAUGUCAUGCAAUAUCUCUGUGCGCUCAUAGACGAUUUCUCUCAACCAUAUACACCUAGCCCGACACAUGUCGUGACCCGAUGGCUUGGGUUCCUUCCCUCCAUUUAUGGCCAAAAUCGAGUUCUGGAUGCCACGAUCAGGUCUUUCACAGCACAUCAUUUUGGGCGCGUAGCUCAAAACACGCAAAUGGUGUCAUAUGCUCGAUCAGCAUACGGAGAAGCAUUACAUGGACUUCGAAGGUCCUUGGAAACCCCCGCGGAAAGCCUAUCUUCUCAUGUAUUUUGUGCAGUCGUAAUGCUGUGUAUGUACGAACUUUUCACCGACACUGAGAACCCCGAGUCGUGGAUGAAACAUGCCAAAGGGCUGAGUCAAUUAGCUAAAAUCCGAGGACCGGACAGGUAUACCAAUGAGCUUGAUAUUACACUACUCAAAGCGUCCAGAGGUCUAAUUGUAAGCCUGGAAUCUUCUAUUCUGACUUCGUCUCGGAGACAGAACUCCACACAUCAAGUGCAAGCUAAUAUAUUUGCACAGGUGAUGCACUCCAUGUUUUCUGGCGAAGAAUGCUUUCUAGCUUCCGACCACUGGCAUGAGAAGAUGAGACAACAAUUCACAGCCGACCUGCCAGCCAAAUUGCAUCACAGUAUCGAAUUGUUCUUUGCGUACUUCACAUACGCCCCAAGUCUUGUGCAUAAACUUUAUGACUUAAAACAUGUUGAUGUGACCAGUGCCGAAGCCUUACGCACAAUAUCUGAAGUGCUGUCUAAAGCCCUCGAGAUGCAGACAAAAUUGGCUAUUUGGUACGAGCAAUACUCACAAAUUGCACCACCACCUGUUGAGACCCUUUCCUCAACGGGAGACGAAUUGUACCCAAUUGUCCUUGAUUACACGGAUUUGAGCUGUGCAACCAUCUACUGCGGCUACUACUCCUACAUGGUGAUCAUUCAUGAAAUUUUCAAGACCUGUGGGUAUCCAGGCAAUCAUGAAAUGAUGGUCGCCUAUUUCCGAGAUCGAAUUUGCAUGUCAGUCGAAUACAACAGUGUGGGAGUAAUGGGCCCGUAUCGAAUGGGGUUCCCUCUCCGUGUGGCGUUUGAGAUCGCGGAUACAGUAACAAGAUCGUGGAUUUUGAACCGACUCGAGCAAUUUUCCAAGACCUACGCAGCCGCCCAACCGGAGAAUUAUAAAACUGUUCUGUGA